GUGCGCAGUUGAAAUUGCAUGCUCAUCCAACACUGCGGCCACCGAUGAGCUCAUCCGUUCCGACUUCGUCCGAGGCAGGCAGCAGCAGCGGCGCGGCAGAGGAACAACUUAGCGUAUUCUUCAACGUCGCGGGAUUGUACCAGAAGAUUGUCGUGCAAGACGGGUGGUUCGUCGGCGACCUGAUCAAGUUUAUGGCGAAAAUUUCAGCCAACUUGCAUCCACAUGCCGAUGUCCCCGAGUGCAACGCGAUCCGGAACAGCCAAACGCGAAAAUUUGUUGCGCUGGCCGACCCUGCCACCCGGGCCCUCGUCCAUGGCAACUUGUACGACCUUUUGUAUGUUGAAAAGGCGGCUGGGUCCAAAGUGCCGCUUUUGCCGCCUCUCGCGCUUCACGACGAGAUCCAACUGGUCUUUUACAACAACCCUCUCGGCAUCACGAUCAAACCGGCCGGCGAUGGAACGUACGUGGUUGCGACGAAGAAGAAGGAGCUCAACUGCUACCGCCGGUUGACACCUGGCAUGCAAGUCGUGAGCUUCGGGCCGGCGUUGCUCACUGGCAUGGACUUUCGAGAGUUUCACACGACGAUGGCCAAUUCCGUUUUUCCGCUCACGGCUGUGUUCCGUGCGACGGCCGAGUCCAUCGAGGCCGGCGACAACAACGUGGCAGUGCCGUCAACGCCCACUCCGACAACGAUUGACAGUCCCAGCGGUCCAGAGGUCGCUCCCACCACUGCAUCGCCAAAGGCUAUGCCGGAUCUCGAGCCUGCAUGCAAAGAGUGGUCGUCGACCGCCCCCGAGUCGAACCAGCCUGUGCCGCCACCCACUUCAAGCGGUGACACAUUCAACGUCCCAGUGCCUGUAGUCUUUCAUGACGAUGGAACUGUGGAGAGUCGCGUCCGGCGAUACCGACCCCAAUCGGAAUCGUUCUCGCCCCGAAACAGUAUGAACUCACCCCAGCCACGCGAGUCCAUCACGUCGGCGACGGCGGACCCAGUGCCGUCGGCGACGCUGCAGGACGAGGCGCGUCUGGAAGAAGGCUUGAAGUCGCUGAAUGAAGCGUUUUACAAGAAAAAGCGUGAACUCAACGACAUCGUCGAUCGCAUCCGCGAGUACACGCAGCAACUGACGGCGGUCCGAGCCGCCAUGAGCGGGAUGCAAUUGAGCUCGACGACGGCCGCGCCGCCGCUCACUCUGGACAUGCUUGAGCGGCAAAACAACAACGCAGGGGCAAAAAUGCCGCGCAAGCCAUCGUCCGUCGUGUCGGGAGUGUCGUCAUGCACGUCAUCGAUUCUCCACAAAGCGACCGCAACCCAACCGCCGUACACAUCGUCCCGCCAUGGAUUCCUUCCGCCCAAAUCUCGAACAGGAAGCAGCAUCGCAUCCAAGAGCCACCAACACCUGUCGUCGUCGACGUCCGUGUGUUCGUUGACGUCGACGUGCUCGAUCGAUCGCAUGGCAUUCAAGAAGAAUCGCCUUGGCAAGUACGGCUCGGAAUCGGCGGCGACGCUGAGCGGCCGCACCAAGAAGACGUCGACACUCAACACGAACGCGUUCUCGAGCACGCUGCAACUUCCCAGCUCGUUUUCGACCAAAGGCGCCGUGAUACCACAAGCACAAACCCCACGCGGGUCGGCCUUCCUCAACCCCAAGAGCACCACGCCCGGCGUCGGCCACUACGACGUUAAGGACCUGACCAAGAACGUCCGGGGAGGCGAAAUCGGCGACUCGGACCGCGACUUGACGUGGAGUUAGUGCCUAACCGCGAAACUUGGCGAGAUGCUGUCGCUCCGUUUGAUGUGGCAGGGGGCACAUCGAUAUCGUCGCCAUUCGUGGCUUGUCCGUCGACUAGAGCGUACGUGAGG